AUGGAUGAGCAGUCUCUUUGGGUCUUCGCCGUUCAAGCCACCCCAAUCCCCAAGCCUGGCCCUGGAGAAAUUCUUCUCAAGGUUCAGUCGGCUGCGUCGAACCCGAUCGACUGGAAGAUGCAAGCGUUCGGCAUGUUUUUGAAGAACUACCCAGCCAUCAUUGGCUUUGAUCUGGCUGGGCAGUUGAGGAGUCUCUCUGAGGCUACAUUUGGCAUCAAUGAGCACGCCGGGUACCAGCAGUAUGCGCUUAGUUACGUGGACGCUUCUUGCAAGAUACCCGACGAGAUAUCCUUCGACCAAGCUGCCACAGUUCCACAGACCAUCGCCACCGCUUCCAUCGCUCUCUAUCAUCCGGAAGAAGGGGCUAUCAAUGGAACCGUUGCUCUCUAUCCACCCUGGGAGGAGGGUGGCCGGGGAAGCUCCGUGGGGCAGUACGCCAUCCAGCUCGCCAGGCUCUCAGGCUUCGGCCCCAUCAUUCCCACAGCAUCCCUCAAGAACUCCGAGUGGCUCCAGAAGCUCGGCGCGACGCACGUACUCGAUCGGAACCUCGCCGCGGACGCGCUGAUAGCAGAGGUCAAGAAGAUCACGACGGAGCCGAUCAAGGUCAUCUACGACGCGGCCGGCUCGCCGGACACACAGAACGCUGCAUACGACAUCCUCGCGCCCGGAGGCACGCUCGCGCUUGGUGUGCAGCUAGCCAUCAAGCCAGAGAAGCUGAGUGCGGACAAGAAGGCCUUCCAGGUCUUCGGCGACUUCAAUACGCCAGCGAACCGUCAAUUGGGCAUCGACUUGUUCUCGCAGCUGACCGAGUGGUUGAAGGAUGGCGAGAUCAAGCCCAACCCCGUGGAAGUUCUCCCGCACGGGCUGCACGGCGUAGCGGACGGCCUGCAGAAGUUAAGGCAGGGUGUCAGCAACGUUAAGCUCGUUGCGCGUCCUCAGGAGACUCAGUAG